AUGCCACACUGGAUCUGCUGUAAUUCUUGCUUCGAAGCCCCUGGUCCUGACCGCAAAGUAGCUGUCACAACAUGUGGCCACAUCAUAUGCAACGUGUGCUUUCAAAAAGGCAAGCAAGGGGAAUGCUUGAUAUGCAAAGCAAAAUGUCAAGUUAGUCCUCUUUCUGACAAAAGCAGUACAGAGGUAAAGGCCCUCUUCUCUGACAUCAAUUCUGUGGCAACCAAACAUUUUACAGAAAUUAGCAAGGUGCUAUUAUUCCAGGCAAGGCAUCAAAGGAGACUAAUGGCACAUUACUACCAGAGGAAUGAAAAACUGGAAGAAGUUCUUUUAACAAUAAAGCAAGAAAUGCAACAGAUGUCAAAAAAGCUCGCAGAGCAGAGCGCCUACAUAGCUAAGCUGGAGAAUACUCUUCAACAUCAAAGUGUACCCCUUUCCACCAAGCCAAAGAACCAGAGAUCUCACAACCCAUGUGGUUCAAAAUCGGUUCUACAGAUCCCAUAUUCCUCUCCCAUCUCCCUGUCUCGACAGUCCUCCACUUCUAGCCUGGUGGAAAACAUGGAGGUUGAUCCAAGGAGUCUGUUAUUCAGGAAACCUGAGAUAUGUGGGAGUGUUCCGAGGUUGUCAUUGAUCAGCCCACCACAGGACGGACACAUAGGCACCGUCUGUUAUCGAUCAGCCAGUCAGAAAACCAUGGUCAACCGCUCGGCUUGCUCGGCCACUGUCAGUCGUCUGCAAGAACUCCAGAUGACCCCUGAACUGUCCUACCGUGCUUCAGGUUGGGACACGCCCGUUUUCAAGCCUCCAUCUGCUUUCCGCUACUCCUCCCUGUCCUCACUGGUCACACCCUCACUGGGGAAACCAUAA